AUGAAUCUUACGGGACUAAUGCCCCGUGAACUUGGAAACCUCACAUAUCUUGCCGUGAACAUCCUGGCAUUGGCGGAGUUGAACAAAUCAUCGGAGGUAUUGUCAGUUGUGGUGGUGGAGGAGGAGGAGGAGGAGGUGAGAAUGGUGGAUCUGGGAUUAGGUCCUGAUGGAGGAGGAGGUGAAAAUGGUGGAUCGGGAGAAGGUGGUGGCGGCGGUGGAGGAAGUGGAUCUGGUGAGGGAUUAAGAGGUGGCUUUGGUAGUGGAGGAAGCGAAGAAGGAGGUGGUGGUGGCGGCGGCGGAGAUGAAAAUGGUGGAUGUGGUUGGGGAAUAGAAGGUGGCUAUGGCGGUGGAUCUGGUGAAAGUGGAGGCGGCGGUGGUGGAGGAGCUGGGAAUGAAACUUUAACAGUUACUCUCCAAGGCUCCCCUUCAAAAGGAGGAGGCGACAGUGUAGGAGGUGAAAAUGGCGGCAGUGAUUUUGAUGCAAGAGCAGGUGAAGGCGAUGGAGAUAUGGUGCCAAUUAAUCUAAUUGAAGUUUAA